AAACUGGUUGUUACUCACUGAUUGAUGCCUGUCUUCCUCGCCACUGUUCCUCUCCCACUCUCAAUCUUCCGCUAUUAAGCCAAAUCAACCAGACCUCGAGAUCUAGAGCAGAAACAGUGUAGAAUCAGAGACUGCAUCUUCUUCGUUCCUGUUCAGAAACAGAAAAUGAGGGAACCAACUAUGGACAGAGAAAACGGAGCAUCGCCACCGCCACCGCAGGCCUUGCUGGAGAGGCUCAAGGAUUAUGGCCAGGAAGACACUUUCUCUCUCUGGGAUGAGCUCUCCCCCGAAGAGCGCGACCUUCUCGUCAAGGACAUGGAGACUUUGGAUCUUUUGAGAAUAGAUCGGAUCAUUCGAUGUUCACUUAGAUCUCAAGCCCUACCAGUGGCGGCCAUAGAACCUGUUCCAGAGAGUAGCGUGUCCACAGUGGAAGAGAGAACAAUGGAGGAGAGAGAAAGAUGGUGGAAAAAGGGACUGAAGGCUAUCUAUGAAGGAAAGUUGGCUGUGUUGCUUCUAUCCGGUGGCCAGGGAACUAGGCUUGGAAGUUCAGAUCCAAAGGGAUGUUUCAAUAUUGGACUUCCAUCGGGAAAGUCGCUCUUUCAACUCCAAGCUGAGCGAAUUUUGUGUGUUCAGAGGCUUGCUUCUCUGGCAAUGAGUGAGGGUUCUGCUGCAUCGUCAGUCACAAUACAUUGGUAUAUAAUGACCAGUCCAUUCACCGAUGAAGCUACACGCAAAUUUUUUGAGAGUCAUAAAUUCUUUGGUCUCGAAGCAGAUCAAGUAACUUUCUUCCAGCAAGGUACAAUACCCUGCAUUUCAAAGGAUGGCAGAUUUAUCAUGGAAACUCCAUUCAGAGUGGCUAAAGCUCCCGAUGGAAAUGGGGGAGUAUAUACAGCUCUGAAAUCAUCAAGAUUAUUGGAGGAUAUGGCCACGAAAGGAAUCAAAUAUGUAGAUUGCUAUGGUGUUGACAAUGCACUUGUUCGAGUAGCUGAUCCGACUUUCUUGGGAUAUUUCAUUGACAGAGGUGUAGCUUCUGCUGCAAAAGUUGUCCGGAAGGCAUAUCCCCAGGAAAAGGUUGGUGUAUUUGUAAGGCGGGGUAAAGGUGGACCUCUGACAGUGGUUGAGUACAGUGAGUUGGAUCAAUCACUGGCCUCUGCAAUUAAUCAGCAAACAGGACGACUUCAUUUUUGUUGGAGUAAUGUGUGCCUACAUAUGUUUACCUUGGAUUUCCUUAACCAAGUGGCCAAUGGCUUGGAGAAAGAUAGCAUUUAUCAUCUUGCUGAGAAGAAAAUCCCUUCCAUCCAUGGAUAUACUUUGGGAUUAAAAUUGGAGCAGUUCAUAUUUGAUGCAUUUCCAUAUGCUCCUUCAACUGCCCUUUUUGAGGUAUUACGUGAAGAGGAAUUUGCACCUGUGAAAAAUGCCAAUGGAUCAAAUUUUGAUACUCCAGACAGUGCUCGCCUGCUCGUUCUUCGUCUUCACAGUCGUUGGGUAGUUGCUGCAGGUGGCUUCUUAACACAUUCUGUGCCCUUAUAUGCAACUGGAGUGGAGGUGUCUCCACUGUGUUCAUAUGCUGGAGAGAACCUGGAAGCCAUAUGCCGGGGAAGAACAUUUCAUGCACCUUGUGAAAUUACAUUCUAGUAGUUGAAUUUUGUGAUAUAUGCUAUUCUGUUUUGGCUGAAAACAAUGUAAUUGAUAGGGACGUUUAUUCAUAUAUAUGUAUAGUCCAUUCAUAUGAUCGUAGUUGAUUGAGGUAGAUAAAUAAGCGGGUGAAAUUGGGCAUUGAUUAUUUUCUUUUGGAUAUUGAUGGGGUGCAAUUUAUUAUUCUUGGGCAGAAUUAUCAGCCAUUAUCUGUAUCAUGCAAAUAAAUUGACAUUUAUCCAUAAUAAAAGUGGUGUUUGGUUUAGAGAA